ACCAUCGAAACUCAAUUCGCGACCAUUGAAUAUCGCGUCGUUCCUUAAUUCACACUAAACUUCUAAUAUCGAUCGCUAUUUUGCUACGACAACUAAAUAGAAUUCAUUAUUUACGUUGAAGGUCACAUUACUACGGGCUUUGACGGUCGCUACAUUCCAGCUUCAAAACAGUAUUGGAGAGUGUCUCACAGACGAAUAACGCGGCAUAUUGGCCGAUAACAAUUCGUUAUGGACGGUACCCCUUCUCGACCGCCUGGGUACGCUUUACCAGGCUACGAUGAUGAUAAUGACCAUAUGACCCCCGACUCAGGGAGAAAUCCAGCGGCAGUAAGACUAUUGACAUCUAUGGAAGAGCCAUUAUCGGGACCUCGACCUAUCCGACCGUCACCUCGUCGAGUAUAUCAACCAUCUAUUCGAUCUACACAUUCACGAACAUCAUCUAUACUCGAUCCCCCACAUAUCCCACCAGUUGAUUCGUCAUAUGAACCAUUUCGAGCGCGAGAUAUCAGUCCACCCCGACCUUGGACACCAUCUUCCAGGAUGUCUGGGGUAUCCGACUUCACACGACCGCCUCCAUCCGACAUCCGAUACGAACCCGCAGAUCUGAAUGGAAGCCCUAGACCAGGCACACCAUCUUCCAGAUACGGCGGUAGUCCUCGUAGACCGUUACCACCCGCACCUCUAUUUUCUGCUUCGGCGCGAAAUUCGCAAUACACGGCGGACGAUGCGACAGUAAACAUCCCAUUACAUGAUGGCGAUGACGAUGUCUUUGGACCGGACGAGUCGGAUAUUAGUGGUUCGCGACCGUACCGCGAGUCCUACGCUGGGCAAUCGCAGGUCACCCUUAGUGAGGAAGACUCGCAAGCGCCUUUCGAGGAGAAAGUCGAGCAUUACGGCGCUGCGCCAGAGGGCAAACAAGAACGUCGUGGUGUUCGCGCACCUCUUACCUCGAAGAAAGAGGUGCAGCUAAUCAAUGGUGAGCUCAUUCUUGAGUGUAAGAUCCCUACUAUUCUAUACAGUUUCCUACCUCGUCGCGAUGAGGUGGAGUUCACGCAUAUGCGAUAUACGGCUGUGACUUGCGACCCUGACGACUUCGUGGAGAAGGGGUAUAAGUUACGCCAGAAUAUCGGCCGGACGGCGAGGGAAACGGAACUUUUUAUUUGCGUCACGAUGUAUAAUGAGGACGAAAUCGACUUUACUCGUACGAUGCACGCUAUUAUGAAGAACGUCAGUCAUUUCUGCGGUCGCAAUCGAUCCCGAACGUGGGGUGAGACCGGUUGGCAGAAGAUCGUCGUCUGUAUCGUGUCCGAUGGUCGAGAAAAAGUACACCCGAGAACACUUGAUGCGCUGGCUGCGAUGGGUGUUUACCAACAUGGUAUCGCCAAAAACUUCGUCAACCAAAAAGCAGUGCAGGCCCACGUGUACGAAUAUACCACGCAGGUGUCGCUCGACUCAGAUCUCAAAUUCAAGGGCGCUGAAAAGGGUAUCGUACCUUGUCAGAUGAUCUUCUGUCUGAAGGAAAGGAAUCAACGCAAGCUCAAUUCUCACCGUUGGUUCUUUAAUGCUUUCGGCAAGGCGCUGAAUCCUAAUGUCUGUAUUCUUCUGGAUGUGGGUACGAAGCCAGGUACCAACUCGCUGUACCAUCUCUGGAAAGCUUUCGACACGGAUUCCAACGUCGCGGGCGCUUGCGGUGAGAUUAAGGCCAUGAAAGGAAAGCUCGGAAGCAAUCUUUUGAAUCCCUUGGUCGCAUCGCAAAAUUUUGAGUACAAGAUGUCAAACAUCUUGGAUAAACCUCUCGAAUCGGUGUUUGGGUAUAUUACGGUGUUACCCGGUGCCCUCAGUGCUUACCGAUACCACGCUUUACAGAACGAUGAGACAGGCCAUGGCCCACUCAGCCAGUACUUCAAGGGGGAGACUCUGCAUGGCCAACACGCCGAUGUGUUUACCGCGAAUAUGUAUCUGGCUGAGGAUCGUAUCUUAUGUUGGGAGUUGGUUGCGAAGAGAAAUGAGCGGUGGGUGUUAAAAUAUGUGAAAGGAUGUACAGGAGAAACAGAUGUGCCUGAUUCCGUUCCCGAAUUCAUUUCCCAGCGACGUCGGUGGCUUAACGGUGCUUUUUUCGCUGCGGUAUACUCAUUAGUCCACUUCAAGCAAAUAUGGAUGACGGACCAUACUGUAGCUCGCAAGGUGCUGCUACAUAUAGAGUUCGUCUACCAAUUCCUACAACUCCUCUUUACCUACUUCUCCCUCGCCAACUUUUAUCUCGCCUUCUACUUUAUCGGUGGCGGACUUACGGACCCCGCUGUCGAUCCAUUCGGGCAUAAUAUCGCGUUGUACAUAUUCACGGUUUUACGAUACACAUGUGUGCUAUUGAUCAGCAUGCAAUUCAUCAUAUCUCUGGGAAACCGGCCGCAAGGUGCCAAGAAGCUUUACUUGGCUAGCAUGAUCAUAUACGGUAUAAUCAUGGUGUACAACACAUUUGCGACCGUUUUCAUCGUCGUACACACAGUCAAGAGCGCGGACCUGGCGCUCGGUAACAACAUCUUCACAAACUUGAUCGUAUCCACAGCGUCAACGGUGGGGCUCUAUUUCCUCAUGAGUUUCCUCUACUUCGAUCCGUGGCAUAUGUUCACCAGUUCCGCACAAUACUUCGCUCUACUUCCGAGUUACAUCUGCACGUUGCAGGUAUACGCUUUCUGUAACACACACGACGUAACGUGGGGUACCAAGGGCGAUAACGUCAUGAAGACAGAUCUCGGUGGUGCUGUGGGUAAGGGAAGCACGGUAGAACUCGAAAUGCCGAGUGAACAAUUAGAUAUCGAUUCCGGCUACGAUGAAGCCCUCCGUAACCUCCGUGACCGUGUCGAGGUCCCGCAAUCCGCGGUCUCCGAGGCCCAGAUGCAGGAGGACUACUACAAGAGCGUUCGAACCUACAUGGUCGUCAUCUGGAUGACGGCGAACGCGACGCUAGCCAUGGCUGUUAGCGAAGCCUACGGAUAUAAAGAUGUCGGUAGCAACUUCUAUCUUACGUUUAUCCUGUGGGCGGUCGCGGCGUUGGCCCUAUUCCGUGCCUUGGGUAGCACGACAUUUGCGAUCUUGAACGCGAUUAAUACGGUUGUGGAGGGUCGCGUCAAGAUGAGCAUUAAGGUGCCCGAAUGGAUGGGUGGCAUUGGAAGCAAGAUCAGUGAUACCAUGAGCAGUAUUGGGAGUAGUGUUCGAUCAUGACGAGCCCGUGGGUAGAGGGGGAAAAAGGGGGUCGCGUUCCGAAUUUACGAUUCUUUUUCUUGCACCGGAUUUUGAGACGGUUGGGACGAUGGGAUGAAUGAAAAACUUUUUUGUGAUGCCCCCUUCCGCGUUACUGCUUGCUUGGAGUUGUUGGUGAUGAGCUUAGGGAAUGGUAUAAAGAAAGGUUAGG